AUGGCCACCCACCCACCAUCUGGCGGGGCCGAUGAAUCCCAGCCUGAUCAGAAGAUCGAGGAGCAAUCCGAUAGUCUUGUAGCUGAGACCAAAAAGCUCGCCGAAGAAAUGCAUCGGCGGUGUCGAGUCCUACUCGAUGAGCUCCUACAGUUCCAGGCGCAUCUCAAAGCGUUGAAGAAGGAAGCUCGAGUCGAGGUCAGGUGCUUCAAAGGCGGCGUUCAGUCAGAACUGCGGAUACUAGGCAAGCUCCUAAAAUCAGAUCCGGCGGAUCCGAAAACAGCUCACGGGCUUCGAUCCUCCAAUCUUUCAUUUUACGGACUGGUGUGGUCGAUAGCGAAGACUUGCAGGAGCGUCAUCGGUCUUGAGAAGAAGUUUUUUAAGAUACAUGCCAAGGCUGAUAUCGUAUCAGAGGACGGCUUAAGUUGGACAAUGGUAUCUUCAGUGACAGAAAAAAAGAUCAUAUGGGACUUGGCAAAAGCAGGCUGGGUAGAUUCUUGUGGUGAGAGUGAAGAUGAUUUCGAGGUGCUCGAAGACGACAAACCAGAAGGACUCUUGAGGCAAGUCGAGGCUCUUGUUAAAGCGUCCCGAGCUACUGUCGUCCAUGGCCGACAUCCCAAGACCACACUCGUGCUACCCAAAAUCAAAGCUGUCCCGGAUUCCAAGGAAGUAGGAGCCAUUCUACAGAAGAUCAGAAAUAUGGGCGUUGUCAUUCUUACAUCGCAAGAGUUGCCUACCGGACCUCCUCUACCGGCUGACGCUAUCGAGCAAAUGGCAGCUGACAGACUGAAUUGCUUCUCCGACACCCUCAAUAUUGACUGUACUAUACUACUUGCAUUUGCGAGUGACCUAUCUCACGGGAGAGUUGAGCCAGCACAAUGGCAUAAUCGUGCAAUAGCCAGACAGAUCGAAAUAGAGGCCGAAGACCUACUACUACCAUCCAGUCUCUGGCCGGCAUGCGGCAGUAGGAAGCUUGUAACCACCAAGGAAUCAGCAGACAGAAUGCGGGAGAUUAUCAAAACCAUCGGCAGUGAGGACGAGAGCAAGCGAGCCUCGCUUCUCCUCGGUCUCGACGAGAACUCACACCUGCCCCAAGAACAGCUCGUCAAGCACUUCCAGACCCUGACAGAUUACCCCGUGCCGGCCGAAUGGUCGCUACCCAUCAAAAUCGUAGACACCGAUAUGGCAACCAUAAUUACCAGUCUCCCCGCCUUCGCGGAGAACGUCGCGGAAAAAUUGACGCCCAUCAACCGAUCGGUCUUCUUUUACGGCUGGGCAAAUCGCAUGACGAUACUGAGCAGCAACGCGGGCGUGGCAAAGGUUUUUGACCACGCCGUUGAGCAGAGCAGUGAUCCCGAUAGUGCCGGCCCGGAUAUAUGGCUGUCGCCGACGUGCCGGUCGCUAGUCGGAAAGGAGAAAAAGCGAAGGGGUUUCACUGAGAGGGAGGAGGGGACUUUGUGA